AAAUCCUUGUUUUAAAUGUAUUAUGUUGCAUACACUGUGCAGAAUAGUUUUGUCCUUUUUUUGUUUAACAGCAAAUUUUAUCUUGCAAUUACAGAUUUAAAAUGUGAGUCUCAUCACCGGCAGAAACGAGCUACCACCAUUUCAGAAGUCAUAAACAAGUUGGUAAACACAUAUAAUCAAACUGAAAAGUUGAAAAGAGAGUGCUGUCUGGAUGGCAUGAAGGACAUCCCUGUUGCAUACACAUGUGAGAGGCGGAGCAAUUACAUUUUGGACGGCCCAGAUUGUGUUACAGCUUUCUUGCACUGUUGUAAUGAGAUACAAAAAGAGCACGCUAAGCGAAGAGAAGAAAUACUUCAUUUGGCCCGUAGUGAGGUGGAUGAUUAUUACAUGAGUAACAAAAUAACAACACGAAGCAAAUUCCCUGAAAGCUGGCUUUGGUAUGAUAUCACAUUACCUGGAUGCCCUGGGCAAGAUCCAAACUGUGGCAGCACAGUCUUUAAGAAAAAAUAUGCAUUGCCUGACUCUAUCACCACAUGGCAGCUGACUGGAAUUAGUUUGUCAAACACUCACGGUAUCUGUGUGGCAGAGCCAUUAGAGGUCAUUGUUAAAAAACCUUUCUUCAUUGACCUCAGGCUACCGUACUCUGCUGUCCAUGGAGAACAACUUGAAAUUAAAGCAAUUUUACAUAACUACCAUGAUGAUCCCGUCAGUGUACGUGUGGACCUCCUUGAAGAAAAAGAUGUGUGUAGCGCAGCCUAUAAGCGGCAAAGGUUUCAGCAGCAAGUUAGAGUUGGGGCCCAAACUACACGUGCUGUACCAUUCAUUAUUAUCCCAAUGAAGGAAGGGGAAGUCAAAAUUACGGUUAAAGCAGCUGUUAUAGAUUCAGACAUAAACCUCUCAGACGGAAUUGAGAGAAAAUUGCGGGUUGUGCCUAAAGGUGUAUUGAAGAAAUCCGUUAGAAAUGUACUACUUGCCCCUGCUGAGAAAGGUGUUGGUGGUAGACAAGACGUAACUAUAAAUAGUGAGAUUUCUGAAACAGAGCUUGUUCCAGGCACACCUUUGAAUACACACAUCUUUGUCACAGGACGGGAACAGAUGAGUUCACUAUUGGAGAAUGCUAUUAGUGGAAAAUCCAUGGGAACACUGAUCAAAGCACCUGGAGGCUGUGGAGAGCAGAACAUGAUCACCAUGACCCUGCCGGUCAUUGCUACGUUGUAUCUAGACAAAACCAACCAAUGGGAAGCUGUAGGCUUUCAGAAACGAACGGAAGCUCUCGAACACAUCAAAAUUGGUUACAAAAAAGAAUUUGCUUACCGUAACAAUGAUGGCGGAUUUGCUCUAUUUCCUUAUUUUUCAAGUGGCACUUGGUUGACUGCCUAUGUUGCCAAGGUCUUUGCUAUUGCCCAUGGUCUUGUGGAAGUGGACAAAAACGUAAUCUGCGGGGCUAUUCAAUUUCUUAUUCUCAAAUCAAAGAACUCUGCUGGAAUGUUUAAGGAGGAUGGAUAUAUGUACCAUUUUGAAAUGAUUGGUGAUGUGGCUGGUAGAGAUUCACAUGCCUCCAUGAAAGCUUUUUGCCUGAUUGCCAUGCAAGAGUCCCGAUCAAUAUGUUCUGACAUUCAAGAUCUGAAUGAUGUUAUUUACCAAUCAGUAACUUACCUGGAACAACAUCUUCCUCAACUAACCAACCCCUAUGCUGUUGCAAUAACGUCAUAUGCUUUGGCGAAUGAAAAUAAGCUGAACAAAGAUAUUCUCUACCAGUAUGCUGCUCCAGACAAAUCCCACUGGAAUUCAUCCACAACCCAUGAAAACACACUGGAAGCGACUGCAUAUGCUCUUCUUGCCCUUGUCAACAACAGGUCCUUUACAGAGGCAAAACCUAUCGUAAGAUGGCUCAGCCAACAGCAAAAGUCUGAAGGAGGCUAUGGAUCAACACAGGCCACAAUUAUGGUAUACCAGGCUGUAGCAGAGUACUGGGCAAACGCUGAAGAACCUAAAUAUGAUCUGAAUGUGGACAUUACCUUACCAGGCAGGUCAAAUCUUCUCAAGUAUAAUUUCUUCCAAGGAAGUCAAUAUGCAACAAAAUCCAACAAGUUUCUAGGCAUAAACAAGGAUGUAAAAGUUACAGCCACAGGAACAGGGGAAGCUACUUUGAAGAUGGUAUCAUUCUAUUACGCAAUGCCUAAAGAAGAUGUAAAUGACUGCACAAUGUUCAACCUGACUGUGGAGCUUACAGCAGAACCGAGCAAUAAUGAGAAGAGCUCAUACAGGCUGACGCUAGAAUUUUUCUUUAAGAGCAGAGAACGCAAUGCAACAAUGUCUAUUUUGGAUAUCGGUUUGCCAACUGGGUUCAAUUUUGAUAAAGAAGACCUGGACAAAAUGUCAAAAGGACCCUCACGCCUUUUUUCAAAGUAUGAGAUUGACAAAAUUUUGACAGAUAAAGGCUCACUGAUCAUUUACCUCGACAGGGUUUCUAACACACAGCCAGAGAUGAUCUCUUUCAGGAUCCAUCAGGAGGUCAAAGUGGGCAUGUUGCAGCCAGCUGCUGUGUCUAUCUAUGAAUACUAUGACAGGAAACCUUGUAAGAAAUUCUACCGCCCUGGGCGAGAAACUGGAGAGCUGCUGAGCCUUUGUCACGGUCAUGUGUGCGGAUGCGCUGAAGAGAACUGCAGCAUGCAGAAAAAGGAGAAAAUCAGAAAUGAUGAGCGUACUGCAAAGGCUUGUGAAGUUUCAUUAACCUACAAAAUAGACUUUGUGUAUAAAGCAAGAGUGGAAAACUUUGUUAAUUCUUGGUCCACUGACAUUUAUACUGUACAAAUACUGGAAGUAAUCAAGACAGGAACAGAUGAGCAGGCAGAAGGGGAACUUCGUACGUUCAUCGGCUAUCGUCACUGCAGAGCAGCUCUCGAUCUGACUCCAGGCCAAACCUACCUGAUCAUGGGCUCAUCCAAAGACAUUCGUAUCGAUUACAAAAACCGACAGUAUCAGUAUGCGUUUGAUGAGAACACCUGGAUUGAGUACUGGCCCAGUGCAGAAGAGUGCCAGGUGGAGAAAUACCGCCCUACCUGCUUGGGCUUAGAAGAACUGGUUGAUCAGCUCCAAGUCUUUGGAUGUCAGAUGAAAUGAUACAGUAAAUAUAAUACUACUCUGAUAUGAAAAUAAAACUGAGAUAGCACACGGUUAUCAUAUAAUUUUGUGAUAUUUUCCCUUGUGAAAUGUAAGAAUGUUGAUUUCAGCUGCUGCAUUUCAUAUUAAAUGCCAUGUGAAGGAAGCUUCUUAUUUUCUGGUUUUGUGUCAAACUGUUGAUUUCCAUGUCACUCUGUUGCCUUUUCCUUUACCCAGAAUGAAAAUGUGUUUUGAAAUAUUUGUCACAACUUGUCAAAACAUGAUUCUACGGUAUUAAAUUGAAUAUAUUUGGUAACUGCUGCAUAUCAAAUUAAUCACAGAGUGUGCCUUGAAACUGUGAUUGACUGUAUUUACAAACAAACAUUUCUGGCAACAUUGAUCAUUGAUGGGCAGAAUAAACCAUAGUAAUUGUUUAUAAGUAAAUAAAUGAAGACAUCAGUUAAUUAUAAAAACAAGCUGCAUUUUGAAACAUGCUGUCUUCUGAAAUUAAAUGGCUUACAUAAUUUGUACGCAUGCCUUGAAAGGAAAUGAAAGACUUGGAAUGUUGUUGAAAUAUCUGUUGCACUAUUAUGGCAUAACUGGAAUAAAUGACCAACUAAAAGAUGUGUUUCUGUCAAGAUGAUUGAAAAGUGUGAACCAGCUGCUGAGGUUUAGGGUUAGGUUUGUGAGCGGACUCAACAAAUUAGCCAGACAGUCACAGUGACAAGGCCUCAACCUUUGUUGUGUUGCAUCUUUGGUAUUCACCUUAGAGUCAUAUGUUACAGUAAAACUGGUAGAACAUUCAGUUGCAUGACCUUCAAAUAUUUGUACAGCGGGUGCAUGGGUGGGUGAAUGUGUGUGAGUUUGUUUAGGUGAGUCUGUUUGAGUUGAGUGGGUGAAUAUGUGGCAAUGUGUCUCCAGGGGCUUGUUUCAGCCAGCAGGAUUAACAAACUGAGGAAAAAGUGUAUACUCUAACCCUAGCCUGACACACAGGUUUAUAUACAAUUAAAAGAUAAUUAUUUAACAAAUUUUAUGAUUAUCCAAUGUAAAAGUAUUGCCAAAUAUGAUGCAAAAAGUUUAAAUACCGUGAGAUGCCACAAA